AUGGCGAUGAUGAUGGCUGGCCGUGUGCUGCUGGUGUGUGCCCUCUGCGUGCUGUGGUGCGGUGCGGCUUUUGGACACGCGAUGGACGAUUACUGCAGUGAGGGUGGAGGGAACGGUUUGAGGCACACGAGUAAUGGUGGAGAUGACGGAGUGUCUCUAAAGGCGGACUGCGGGUUGUUAGCCACUCGAAUGGCAUUAAUAAAGGCGGUUGAGGCUGCGGAAGCUGGACAAGGAUUGAGUGGUGAUACAAAACCACAGGGAAAUUUGAAGGAGCCAUUACCUAAUAAUACGGAGGGCAGUCCAGCGCCUGGUGCGGGAGGAAGUGGUGUCGCAGUUCAACCACCACCAGCAGUAACGCUGGAGCACGAAGGUUCAGAUACAGGAGGACAGCAGGUGACGCUGCCUAACGUGGUGGAUACAAAUGGUGGAAAAAAAGGAGAUGAUAAGAAUGGAAGUGAACUUGAACCCGAAGAAAUAGGAGCUGGUCAAUCUUCAUCAUCAUCAUCUGGAGGCGCUGGCACUUUGGGUGGUAAAGGACUCCCCUCGAAACAAACUUCCAAGAGUAAUGAACCCUCCAACGGCACGCCGACACAAGAAGAGGAUGCAGGAAAUCAUCGAAUUACACCUCACAGUCGUGAUGCAGAGGCGGAAGAAGAACACGAAGUAAAAAAAGAAAACGUAAGUCAUGAGGCACCAACAGAGACACGUGGAAGUCCAGCCAACGACGCAGGAAUACAAACGGCAACACCAUCGCCACCACCAGCAACAAUGAAUGGACCGUCCAGCACUGAGGAUUUACCACCCGUGCAAGCGCCACAACGCGUCCAAGACGACCAUGCGGAAUCAAGGCCACCAUCACACACGGCAAACGGUGAUGCCGCCAAUAAUGAUUCUGACAAAAGCACUGAAGAGCGCAUGCCGAGCAAUGAUCCAGCAGCUGAUGGUGCAGGGACAGCAGAGGGUAAACAAAAUGAAAAUAAAGAAGCCAAUCCGAAAGAAACACCAGUCGAAGCCACAGCCACGAAAAAUACAACGGCGACGACUGGAGACAGUGACGGCAGCACCGCGGUCUCCCACACCACCUCCCCUCUUUUGCUUCUUCCUGUUAUUGCGUGUGCGGCUGCGGCUGCUGUGGUGGCCGCGUGA